UUCCUGAAAAAGGAACUCGGAGGGGAACAAGAGGAAGAAUGAAUGCUUCUCUGCUAAAUGUUUCUAAGGAUCUGUUAACAUUCAAGGAUGUGGCUGUGGACUUCUCAGAGGAGGAAUGGGAAUGUCUUGACCAUGCUCAGAGGGCAUUGUACAUGGAUGUGAUGCUGGAGAAUUACAACAAUCUAUUUUUUGUGGUUUUUUCAGAAAAUGAUCAUAAAUGUCACAAAUAUAAGAAUGUCUUGGAUGAAGAUGCACAGCAUAUCGUCCACCAGCAUUUGAAUAUCCAAGAGAAGUCUUAUAAAUGCUAUGAGCUUGCUAAAAUAAUUCAUGCAUCCACCCAAAAUAGUCCUUCUAAAAUUAACCUCAGAGAUACAACUGUUGAAUCAUCAAAGCUAAACAGACAUAGAACUGGAAACACCAGAGAACCUUGUAAAUAUAAAAAUUGUGUAAACUGUUUAAGUUUGUGUUCUAUCAUUAGUCUAAAUCAAGGAAUCCACAUAAACAAGAAAGAACACAAUGGUACAGAGUUUGAUAAGGUUUUUGAGUCUAAAGAAAAACAUGUGCUGAAACAAACCAAAAGUGGAAAGAAACCUUACAAAUGUAGUGAAUGUGAGGAAUGCUUCACCCAGCUAUGUGAUCUUAAAAGUCAUCAGCGAAGGCAUACAGGAGAGAAACUUUGCAAAUGUAGUGAACAUGACAACUGUUUUGCCUUCAAAAGUGAUCUUAGAAUUCAUCAGCGAGUGCAUACAGGAGGGAAACCUUACAAAUGUAAUGAAUGUAUCAAAUCUUUUACCCAGAAAUGCAGUUUAAAAAGACAUCAGAGAGUUCAUACAGGAGAAAAACCUUACACAUGUAGUGAAUGCAACAAAUGCUUUACCCAUAAAUGCAUUCUCAUUAUUCAUCAGAAAAUUCAUACAGGAGAGAAACCUUACAAAUGUAAUGCAUGUGGCAAAUGCUUUACCCUGAAAGGAGAGCUUAGAAUUCAUCAGAGAAUUCAUACAGGAGAGAAACCUUACAAAUGUAGUGAAUGUGACAAAUCCUUUACCCAGAAAGGCCAUCUUAUGACUCAUCAGAGAAUUCAUACCGGAGAGAAACCCUACAAAUGUAGUGAAUGUGACAAAUGCUUUAUUCAAAAAUACAGUCUUGUAACUCAUCAGAGAAUUCAUACAGGAGAGAAUCCUUACAAAUGUAGUGAAUGUGACAAAUGCUUUACCCUCAAAAGUGGUCUUAGAAUUCAUCAGAGAAUUCACACAGGAGAAAAACCUUACAAAUGUAGUGAAUGUGACAAGUCUUUUAUCAAAAAAAUCUAUCUUAGAACUCAUCAGAGUGUUCAUACAGGAGAGAAACCUUACAAAUGUAGUGAAUGUGAGAAAUGCUUUACGCACAAAUGCAGCCUUAGUAGUCAUCAGAGACUUCAUACUGGAGAGAAUCCUUACAAAUGUAGUGAAUGUGACAAAUGCUUUACUAACAAAGGCUAUCUUGGAAGUCAUCAGAGAAUUCAUACAGGAGAGAAACCUUACAAAUGUAGUGAAUGUGACAAAUGCUUUACCCACAAAGGCAGUCUUAAAAGACAUGAGAGGAUUCAUACAGGAGUGAAACUUUACAAAUGAAGUGAAUGAGACAAAUCUUUUACCAAGAUAGACCAUCUUAGAACUUAGUAGAGAAGACAUAUAGUAGAGAGACACAUAAAUGUAGUAAAUGUGCAGAUACUUUACUCUUGGCUCAUCUCAUAGAAUACUUAAGAGAAUAUAUACAGGAGAGAAACUCACAAACGUGAGAAAAGGCCUUUUCUUGAUUCUCAUGUGCAACAAUAUAUCUGGAAAUUUAUAGCGGGGGCGGUGGAGGAACUUUCCACAGGAAAAAAUGUGGCAUGUGCUUUAUCCAAGUUACAUUUUUCCAUGGCACUUGAGGCUCCAUACUAGAAAAUUAUUAUGAACAUGAAAAACUUGUAAAAGUCUUCAAGUCUUAGAUGCAACUCUGAAAAUAUGACAAUGAAGAAAAUUACUUAUUCUCAAAUAUUUCAUAAUGGAGACAAAGUGAGAAAGCCAGAAGAUGUGGUAUUGUGUAACAUUGCUUGGAAACCCAAAUAAUUCAAUGGAAAAGGAAAGUGAUUAUUGCAGUUAAUAUACCUCUCAAAAUAAAUAUUGAAACUAAUAGCAUUCUCUAUGUUUAACUCAAAUGAAAAAACUCAGACAAAUUAUACUUCUUAAAAGAGGAUAGACAGGACAAACUGAGCCACCAACAUAAUAUGAUCUUUAUCCUGUUGAUAUACCUACAGAUAUGCAGUUUGCUCCCAGUGUCUAGUAUUCAUGAUCUGUAUCAUAUUCUUGUUUCAAAUUUGUGUAUAGCUGUCUUUGUCCUUGUGAUGUUGUCACCAACUUCUUGCCCACAUUCCUGUAUGUAACUCCAAUAAAAUUCAUUGGUUUACCAA